AAUGGGGUCGGGAAUGGGAUCAGGACCGGGAAUGGGAUCGGGAUCGGGAUCGGGAUCGGCACUUGAGCAGCGGGUUUGGGAGGGCAAAGGGGGUUUGUGAUGGAAAAAUCGCGGAUCGCGGCGGCUCCGUGAUCCCAGCGGAGAAUCGGGGGCGGGUCUGAGGCUGCGAAUAGAAAAGCGCGGCGGUUUGGAAUCUUAAAUGUGAAUUUACGGCGGGUUUGGGAUCUUAAAUGUGAAUUUACGGCGGGUUUGGGGUCUCAAAUGCGAAUUUACGGCGGGUUUGGGGAUCACAGCUGUGAAUCUGCAGCAGGUUUGAGAUCACAAGAACAAACUUUUAGUGAUUUUUGUGGUUGCAGAUGUUGAUCUGCAACAGUUUGGGGAUCACAAAUAGGAAUUCACAGCAGUUCUGCCAGUUUUAUAAUUGCAGCUAUAAAUCUGCAGUGCUUUUGGGAUCACAAAUAGGAAUUUGCAGAGGUUUUGGCAUUAGAAAUGCAAAUUUUGUGUCAGUUUUGUGACUGCAGUUACAGAUCUGCAGCAUUUUUUGUGAUUGUAACUGGAAAUCUGCAGUUCUGGAACCAAACGUGAAUUUACAGCGGUUCUGGGAUCACAAACGUGAAUUUGUGGCAGUUUUAUGACUGCAGCUGUAAAUCAUCUGCUACAGCCGGGGAGAGCUCAGCAGAGCAGCUCGCGGGGCAGAUGAUGCCCUGGCUGGGUCCUGGAUCCCAGAUCCCAGAUCCCAGAUCCAGAUCCCAGAACCCAGAACCCAGAACCCAGAACCCAGAACCCAGAUCCAGAUCGUGGAUCCCAAAUCCUGGAUCUUGAUCCCAGAUCCAGGACCCCAGAUCCCAGAUCCAGACCCCAGAUCGUGGAUCCCAGAUCCUGUAUCCCAUCCCAGAUCCCAGAUGCCGGAUCCCGGAUCCCGGAUCCCAUCCCUCCUCUCUGCAUCCCACCCCGCAGGGGCCAUGGCCUCGCUGCUGUCGGUGCAGGAGGAGAACCGGAUCCUGCAGCAGGAGCUGUCGCGGGUGGAGGAUCUGCUGGCUCAGAGCCGGGCGGAGCGCGAUGAGCUGGCCAUCAAAUACAACGCUCUCAGCGAGCGGCUGGAGCAGAGCCUGCAGCUGGAGCCGGGGGAAGCAGCCGAGAGCCGGAGCCUGGCCCAGCACAACAUCGAGCUCCGGCGGCUGCUGGAGGAGGAGCAGGCUGCCUACAAGAGGAAGCUCCAGGCGUACCAGGAGGGCCAGCAGCGCCAGGCCCAGCUGGUGCAGAAGCUCCAAGCCAAGGUGCUGCAGUACAAGAAGAAAUGCGGGGAGGUGGAGCAGCAGCUGCUGGAGAAGGCGACAGAGCUGGAGCAGGAGAGGCUGACGAUCCAGCUGGAUGCCAGCGGCUCCCAGCCCGAGGAGGAGAGCAGCAACGAGCUGGAGAAUGCCCUGAUCCGGCUGGAGGAGGAGCAGCAGAGGAGCAGCAGCCUGGUGCAGGUGAACUCGAUGCUGCGGGAGCAGCUGGAACAGGCCAACGUGGCCAACGCGGCGCUGAGCGAGGACAUUCGGAAGCUCACGGCCGACUGGGCACGGGCCCGGGACGAGCUGGAGCAGUUCUGCUCCGGGCAGGCGGAGGAGGCGCGGGCGCAGCUGCGGGCGGCGGCGGAGGCGCGGCGGGAGCUGCUGGAGGCGCAGCGAGAGGCUCGGGAGAGCAGCCAGGGCGAGCGGCGGAGGGCGCAGGAGGCUCGGCGGGCCCUGGAGGACGCGGAACGGGAGAAGGAAGCGCUGCAGAGCUCCAGCGAGGAGCUGCGGGCCGCCCUGCGGCGCUCCGAGGGGGAGCGCAUCAGGUCCGGGAUGAGGGACGGGCUCGCCGGGAGGGGCAGCGAGAGGGGGCAGCGCCUCGCAGGGGAUGGGCAGCGAGAGGGAAUGGCCGAGCUGCAAGGGACAGAAAUCGGAGUGUGGGUGAGACGAGGAGCUGCCCGAAUUGGGAGGUGCAGGAGCUGGGAGAUCUCGGGAUGA